AAUCAUUUUUUUAUUCAAUGUUUAAGUUGUUUUUGAUGCGAGAACAAUCCAUCUCUGCUAUAAUUCGUAUUUCGAGAAGUUACGAAAACAGAAGUUUACAGCGAGGAACAUUAGUGAUUAGUGGAUUAGAUUUAUAAUGCGUUUUAAUCAACGUUUCGUUAGAGGAACGUUUCUCUAAGAUAAAUUUAUUUAUUUAAUGGGUGCAGCACAUACGACAAAAAUAACAGAAAAAAUGGAGAACUCUCAGCCAUCAGAUACACGAGAAAAAACAGAAGGACAAUCUCGUGCUAGUAGCAGCACGAGACCACUGUCAAUCGAAGGACCAUCGACUGCGAAUAAUAGCCAAAUGCCAGUACAGGAAGUAUUACCAAAUCAACCUAGACAGCCAACAAAUUUACAAGGAUUACUCAGAUUUGCUAUGGAAGCAACCAAUUCUCAAGAUACCCCAAGUGAUAGUCGGUUUCAUCCAUUGGACAAAGAAAGACAAGAGUUUCUAAAACAAACACUUUCCUCAUUGUCAGUCAAUGUUAUCGAAGAACUACAGAAAUCUAUUAAAGUUUUAUCAAAUGUAGUUGACCUCAGACCAAAUGAUGACACUUCAGAACAAGAAAAUGCUUUGGAAAGGAUUGCAGAUUUUGUAGAUAACAUAGAUAUAGCUAAUGACUUCUAUAAAAUAGGAGGUUUUUCAAUAUUCGGUCCAUGCUUAAAUUCUUCCCAUAGUAGCAUUAGAUGGAGAGCAGCUGAAGUUAUUGCUGAAUUAGCUCAAAAUAAUCCAUUCUGUCAAGAAAGAUGCCUUGAAACUGGUCUGUUCCCUAUAUUAUUGAACAUGAUAGACACUGAUCCGACUGAUGCAGUGAGAAUCAAAGCACUGUAUGCUGUAUCUUGUAUAGUUCGUGAACAUCCAGUAUCUUUGAAGUACAUGGAUGUAAAUGAUGGCUAUUCUGUUCUUCUGAGAGCCAUGCAAAGUUCAGUGAAGAAAUUACAAAUUAAAUCUGCAUUUCUUUUAUCUUCUCUUUGUACUAAAGAAAAUACAGACAAUUUAAAAUUAACCCUAGUGAAUAUGGGUUUAGUGGAACAGGCAGCGGGUUUAUUAGCCGCUGAUGACAUACUUCCAGAGAUCAGAGAUCAACUGAUAAAUAUUCUUCAUGGUUUGACCAAUGAGGAUUUCCUUCCUGCUUUGAAAGAAUGUCGACGACCAGAACUGUGCUUACGUUCUACAUUGGAAAAUUGUAUAAAAGACUUGAAACAAGAAGAGAAUAUGGAUCAAGUGGAUGUAUGCUCUCGACUGAUGGAAAAAGUCUUUUCUGAUCAAGAUACAAAUCAAGAAAGAUAAUUGCAACUAACAAUAAGAUCGAACUAUCUUUUCCGCGGAAAUAAAAUUUGUACAUUACCUGAUAAUAUCGUUAAUAAACAAAGCUAAAUAUAUUUUAUUUAUAUCA